UACCACUCUCUAUAUAAACCCCUACCUGGCCUCAAGCCCCACGCAUACUGAUCUCUUGAUCUUCAUAAUUAUAGCCAUUAUUCCUCAUAUCAACUAGUCCUUUACUCAUCAAGAUCAAGAGCAUUGAACACAAAAACUCAUAUAAUAGAGUGAGCGUCAGAGAGAGAGAGAGAGAAAGAAAGAGAGAGGGAGAGAGAGAGAAGGAAGGGGAAGGAAAGAAUGGUGAGAGGCUGCAUUUGUAUGGAGAAUAAUAUUUCUAUUGGGCUGUAUGCUAUCCUCUUGCUCUGUAUUUUUCUCUCAUAUUUCUUCAUAAGGAAGCGAAGAGAAGAACACAGAGGAGGAGCUAAGCUUCCUCCUGGUUCAAUGGGGUGGCCUUAUGUAGGAGAAACACUUCAGCUUUACUCUCAGGACCCUAAUGUCUUCUUUGUCACAAAGCAAAACAGAUAUGGUGAAAUAUUCAAAACCCACAUACUCGGGUGCCCCUGUAUCAUGCUGGCUAGCCCUGAGGCUGCAAAGUUCGUGCUGGUGACUCAUGCUCAUUUGUUCAAGCCCACAUAUCCAAAAAGCAAAGAGAAAAUGAUUGGCCCUUCUGCGCUAUUUUUUCACCAAGGUGACUACCACACUCGGCUAAGGAAGCUGGUUCAAAGUUCAUUAUCCCCAGAAAGAAUACGAAAACUAAUACCCGACAUUGAAGCCAUAGCUAUUUCUGCCUUGGAUUCAUUGGCCGGAGGCCUAGUCAUUUCCACCUUUCAUGAGAUGAAGAAGUUCUCUUUUGAUGUUGGAAUUCUCUCAAUCUUUGGUCAUUUGGAUAGCACCUAUAGAGAGAAGCUGAAAGAGAACUACCAAAUAGUAGAUAAAGGGUACAAUUCUUUCCCUACGAAUAUUCCAGGAACUUCAUAUCACAAAGCACUCUUGGCAAGAAGAAGACUUAAUCAGAUUCUAACUGAGAUCAUAAGAGGGAGGAAGGAGAAAAGGCUGGUAGAGAGUGAUCUUUUGGAUCAUUUGUUGAGCUUUCAAGAUGAAGGGGGGAAAAUUUUAUCAGAUGAUCAGAUUGCUGAUAACAUCAUUGGAGUUCUUUUUGCUGCUCAGGACACAACAGCUAGUGUUUUAACAUGGAUUAUCAAGUACCUAAAUGAUGACCAAAAGCUUCUAGAAGCCGUUAAGGCAGAACAAAAGGCCAUAUAUGAAUCAAACGACAGAGGAAGAAAGCCAUUGUCAUGGGCACAGACAAGGAAUAUGCCACUUACAAAUAAGGUUAUAAUGGAGAGCUUGAGGAUGGCAAGCAUCAUUUCCUUCACAUUUAGGGAAGCAGUGGUUGAUGUAGAAUACAAAGGAUACUUAAUACCUAAGGGCUGGAAAGUGAUGCCACUCUUCCGGAAUAUUCAUCACAGUCCAGAAUUCUUCUCCGAUCCUCAAAAGUUUGACCCGUCUAGAUUCAAGGUACCUCCCAAGCCCAAUACCUUUAUGCCAUUUGGCAACGGCGUUCAUGCCUGCCCUGGUAAUGAGCUUGCCAAGCUGGAGAUGCUCAUUUUGAUCCACCAUUUGUUCACCAAAUUCAGAUGGGAAAUGGUGGGCUCUCAGUAUGGGAUCCAAUAUGGCCCGUUCCCUGUCCCUCAACAGGGUCUCCUAGCCCAAUUUUGGAAAGAAUCCAGCUGUCUGAUACAAGAUUUUGUAUCCUCAAAUUAAAGAGCUAUUUCCUUCAUGAUUCCCUAGACCAAGAAAACCCCAAAAAUAGAAUGAGAAAAAAAGCUCCUCUUAGUAUAGGAGAAAAUUUAAAUGUAAUGGGGUUAGAAAGAGAGUUCAGGGGGAAUUUUUUUCUUCCCAGUUCAUCCUAGUUACUCCAUCGUUUUGGCCUAGGUGUUAUAAUUGUGACUUUGUACUACUAAGCAAGAGCAUUAAUGGCAAAAUAUUUUGUAAUCAA